AGUUUAUCCGCGUUCCCGGUACUGUGCAGAGCAGUGAGUAAAGGACAACUUUCGAAGUUCGUUCGGGACGAAAAAGACGCGCUCGUUCGGGAUUUUUUUUUGUGAUUUGUUCUUUGGAGGGACGAUUUUGGAUCUGGAUUUUUUUUAUGAUGUGUCGAGCUUCAUAGUUAUAAUUAGAAACUGUGUUUAGUGGCGAAAGUGAUGUUUUCUAAUUAACUUUGGUGACAAGACGGCAGUAACAGGACACAUUUCUGAACACAAGAUGCGGCUAUAUUUACCAUUAGUCAUUUUUGCGACUCUACUUAAAGAUUCUUGGCAGGCAACAAAAAUCAAAAUCGAUCCAGCCCAUCAACCCAGUUUUAUAUCUUCGAGUCAGGUUUUCAAAGUUAAAGAUCAAGAUACUGUAGUAUUACCAUGUGAAGUGGCCAAUCCAGGUCCGUACGUUUUGGUUUGGAAAAGAGGGAUAGCCGUGCUAUCGGCGGGCAAAACCCUGGUUUCUCCAGAUCCAAGAGUGAUUCUCAACACCGAUUACAGUUUGGAGAUCAAAGAAGUGGGUCCACAAGAUGCUGGCGAUUACGUGUGUCAGAUCGGCACUUUGGAACCGAAAGAGAUCACUCAUACUGUCGAAAUUUUAGUGCCACCACGAAUUUCCACCGUGACGUCUAAUGGACGCGUCGAGGUGAAAAAGGGCGCGUCCGUGCGUCUGGAAUGCAAAGCGUCAGGGAAUCCGGUGCCAAAAGUUACGUGGUCCAGGAAAAACAAUAUACUUCCUGGUGGUGAACAGACAGUUACUACACCGACGUUGGUUUUGGAUAAAGUUGAUAGACAUCAGGCUGGGAUUUAUCAGUGUGUGGCUAGUAAUGGAGUUGGCGAGGAUGUUAAACAACAAAUAUUCCUACAUGUUUUGUACCCGCCGGAAAUAAGCGUGGAAAGGCCAGUGGUUUAUUCAGGAGAGGGUAUGGAGGCGCAGCUAGUUUGCAUUGUGCAUGGCGAGAGUCAACCGGAGGUUUUGUGGUACAGAGAUACAAUGCAACUGGAUACGACCGAGCUAAAACUGAUGGAAUCUAGGGGGUCAAGGCAUACGCUUGUAAUUAGAAAAGUGAAUAAGCAAGAUUUCGGAAAUUACACAUGUGUAGCAGACAACCAGCUCGGUAAAACUAGGAAGAGCAUACAGUUGACUGGAAAACCCCGCCCAGUGAAGUUCAACAGUCCUACCACUGGAAAAUCAAGAGAGAACUAUAACAUAAGCUGGGAAGUAGAAUCUCUAAGCCCAAUCGAAGAAUACAAGCUUCUUUACAGAAAAUUGCCUGACUCUGCUGUAACUAGUGACAGCCAACCACAACCUUUACAUCAUCAGAGUUCGAAAAAACCAAUCCAAAGAGGGGAAAACAAAACCGCCUCCUACUCCAUCGGCCUCGGAACAUAUUAUUCCCGGCCAAUCAAAGACAGACGUCUAGAAUGGAGAGACGUGAUUUUGCCAGCAAUACCAGCUCAGCCUGUUGGUAUGCAGUCAAUGAGCUACGUCAUUAGAGGAUUAGAACCAGCUCAGCAAUACGAAGCUAGAGUGCAAGCCCGGAAUAAAUUCGGUUGGAGCUCAGAUUCAGUCAGUUUCACUUUCAAGACUACCGAUACAGAUGAAAGCACAACCGAUACUAGGCAUAUAUUUACUGAAAACGCUAUUGAAGAUGUCCAGAGUGUUCGUUCAUACAGAAACAAUGCUUCAACUCAACUUAUAUUUUCCAAAAUAAUAUAUUUAGUAUUUAACACAAUUUUGCUAUUUUUCUGUUUUAUCUAAGUUACUACCGCUGACGCUAUUUUAAUAUUUGCCAAGAAUUAUUCUAAUUUCAUGUGAAAAAAAUGUGAAUACUCUCCCAAUUCCUUAUUGAAGUUCUCUUUCUGGAUGUUUUUUUUUUCCCCUGAAAUUAAACAUUAUCUUGAACUUGAACUAUUGAUAUUGGACCAAUAUGGUUUAACCUUUAGAUAAAGUUUAACUUUAAUUAUAAACCUGAUAUUUCUCAUCUUCUUUGUAAAUACGAUCUGUAAAUAACCUAAUUAAUUUAUUUAUAUAAGUGUAAUUAUUAAUUAAAUGAUAUACAAUUAAAAAUAAUAUUUUUUGUAUAUAAAUUAUAUAUUACUCAAAUUGAUAUUUACCAAAAAAUAUUUACAAUGUCUGUGGUGUUAAGUUAGGUGAAAAAAUUAAAAUAAGGAAAAAUGGGCUAAAUAUAGUAAUCGCAAUAGAUCCCGAAUGCCCAAAAUGCUACAAACAUGUUAAAUUCUAAUCUAAAAUUUUAUUUUCCACCAUUCGGCAAACUUUUAUCACCGAUUCAACCAAAAUCCGGGCAAUAAAAUUUAACAUUUAGUUCAUUUUUCUGCGAAUUUAUAGAGGAUUUUUAUAAUGCAUUUGCAAUUUUAAAAUAUUUAUGGUGCACCUUUUAAACUGAUUUCAUCUGUAUAAUUUAAUUACACUUUUAAACUGUACAGAAAUGCAUUUAUAAAAAUCCCAGCAAAAUGAGAUCUUAAUAUAGAUGUCUAAUAGAGCUUUACAUAGAUUUUAUAUUUUUAGUUUCCAUUAUUGUCACACUAUUUUACUAGUUAUAUAAAUUAUAUAAGCUUUUAACGUAACUAGUAGAUUCCCGAAUUCCGUAUUAUUUUUUAAUGAUUUAUUUAUUAUAUUUUAUACCCUUCAUACCACUUUUACAUGUAUAGGAGAUACAUAAAUAAAACAAUGAUAUGGUCUGC